AAUCGUCUACACCAUUUUAGGGGAAAGAAUUGGUCGGAGCAUAGUCAGCAUACGAUGUCGUCUUGCUCGUUACUGCCCUCCUCGAACCCGCAGUCUCCGUCCCUCUUCUCCAAGCCCUUCAGCUCCGCCAAACGUUUCAGCUCUCGUAUCAGUGCUUCAGCGGAUGUCCCUGACUUCCUCAGAGCCGAUUGGCUUGAAUCACGUCAAAAAAGGCCUUUUGGACCGAGACUAAGUUUUAGCGCAGAAGAUGCUGUCCUGUACCAACUUGAUGCAUUGAUGUUUAAUGACCAGCCCCGUCAAGAUUACGGAAUUGAAGUCAUGUAUAGGUUUGCUGGCUUUGAUCCUUUUGAAAGAUCUACAUAUUUUGGACGCUUCUUUGAUCUGGGACAGUUUGAACGAUUCAGACGGAUUUUUCACCAUUCAACCUAUAGGAUUCUGCUUGGGCAUCGGGAGAGGAGAAUUUUGAGUAGUUUGCAAGUUAACGAGAAUCAGUAUAAGCAAAGAGUUUGGGUCCGGGGAUCUCGACCUGAGGAGGAAGAAAACUUCCAAUUUACCAUGGUUCAGAGGGUUGGUGGUUCGUGGGAUGGCUACUGGUUGACAGAGUCGUUGCUGCAUGACGGAGAUGCUUUCUCUGGCGGCGUGGCUUACUGAGCAGCCAUCACACUAUCACAGUGAUGAGAUGGCUGUUGAAGCAUAUGUUUGUUGUUAAUGAAUAUAAUAAUUGAGUCUGUAAAUAUGUUGAACAAAUAAUACUUGUAUAAAAAUAGUGAUCAUCAAAGCGGUGGUUAUGUAGAUAAAACAGUGUAUAAAACAUAGAUUUGCAUCUUGCAUUAGAGAUGCAGAUAAUCUAAUAAUUAAUUGUCUUGAAUUGAACAAAA